UUUUUUUCAUCGUAUGUUUUCAGUCGCCUUGAGAACCAAUGCCACUGGUGGAAGUCCUGCUUCCUACCUUUGUCAGUAAUCGUAGUGGGACAAUGAGCAAUCUGUCUCGCCGAGUCGAAUGCCCUGUGCAAAUAAAUCCCACUUGCUUGAUGACACCUUUGGCAUCUUAAUCCCAUCACUUUCACUUCCCUUCCAUUCACCUUUGCCCAAAUCAGCUUUCUCCCCGGUGCAGAAUUUUCCAUUUCUGCUUCCGGACGUUGGCAAUCGUCUCCUCAACCAAUGUCGGGAAAGAAACCUUUUAAUCUUUGAUCUUUGCUCUUCGCCAUCCAAUUGCUUCUUUCUCCAUCGGCAUCGCCAAUAUCACCGCUCAAUUGAUUGCUUGUAAUUAUCACCACCGCCCAACAUGGAGUGGGAGCGGGAGCAGGAUCGGGAUGUGCUCAGCAAGCUCCCACCCGAGAUACUCGUCAUGGUCUUCGAGUUCUGCCCCACCCUCCAAUGUGCCCACAACCUGAUCCACGCCUCCCCCGCGGCGGCCCGCGCCUUCGCCCACCACGGCGGCGCCAUAGCCGAGUCCCUCGUGACCAGCACACUCCCGCCGGUCCUCCGCCCGCUCGCCCGCUCCGUCGCCGUCCUCCGCACCGCCAGCCCCGACCGCCUCCCCUUCUCCGCCGACGCGUACGAGCAGCAAUUCGUCGCCGGCCGGGUCGGCGACCGCGUGCUGGCCGACCUCCUGGACACGACCUCGUCGCCGCGCCGCGUCCUCGCCUGGGCCGCCCGCGUGUCCGGCCUCGAGCGCGCCGUCCUCGCCCGCCUGCUCCGCGACGCCCACCUCGCCACCCCCUACCGCCUCCGCGACCCGUCCUUCCGCUACCGGGCCGAAUCCCCGCACCUGCAGUUCCCCGCCGGCGUGCCCCUCAUAGCCCGGCCCCGCGCCGUCUCCCCGUCCGAGCGCCUCCGCGUCCGCCGCGCCCUCUGGCGCCUCGCCACCGUUUUCGCCAUGCCGCCCGCCCGCAUCGCCAUGAAGGAGCUAGCCUGGGGCUCGGGCUCAGGCUCCGGCUCCGGCUCGACCUCCACGCCCCGAACCCCGGGUUCCGACCCCUCCACCAACAACAGCAACAACAACCCAGCGGACGCCUUCCGCUGGGGCUCCUGGGGCUCCGCCGCCGCCGACUCCCUCAACCCAGACUACGAGUACCAGCGCCUCCUCCUCCCGCCCGUCUGGCGCGGCAUGCCCGCCUUCGAGCGUCAGGAGCUGGCCUGCGUCUACGGCUGCCUGCGCGACCUCCUGGGCGGCGCCUCGCCGCUGCUGAUGCUCGGCCGGCCGGCCGCCGGCGCAGGCGCUAGUCGCAUCCUCGGCAACUACUACGACUACGAGCACGACCACGACUACUACGACGACUACGACGACCUCGAACACGACCACGACCACGACGACCGAGCCAUCGCCGAAGACGAAGCCGAAGCCGGCGAGGCCGAAGCCGGCGAGGCCUACGCCGUCAACCGCGGCCUGGCCAUGUACCUGUCCUUCCUCGCCACGGGCGCCAACCCCCCGUCCCCGCUGCGCAGGCUGGGCAUCUCCGACUUCCGCGUGUUCCGCCACCUCGGCGUCGGCAUCUGGGACGCGGCCCGGCUCGUCGACCUGGGCCUGUGCCUGGCCUCCGCGGCGACGGGCGACGACGACGACGACGGCGACGACGCCGGCGGAGGAGGAAACGUCACGAUGGACCAGGUCAUGUACACGUGGAGGAGUGUCCUGCUGACCGAGCUGGAGAAGGGGCGCUCGGGCGUCGAGUUCUACUCGUCGCCUGGGUGUGGGAUGCAGAUGGCCUGGUGGCGAGCCCAUCUUGCCGGGCGGCCGUCCCGGCAGGGGUUUUCCGGUUGAUGGGCGCGCGGGUUUCUCUUUGUUGCUGCUGUUGUCUCAUGCUUCAUGGCCGGGCCUGAGGGAGGACGAUGUUCCUCUUUGCUAACUGUUGCUUGGCGUUCAAAGGCCGGUUGGCUGGAAUGGGGAUCACGGAACUACAUGUCUGGGUUUUAGAGAGGAGAGAAUAACAAUAAUGUGUCAGAGGGGAUGUCAUGAGUAGCCUGUCUUGGGGUGAAUUAGGGAGACUCGCCAGGCUACAAGCUUCAGUCGAUAGCUUCCAUUUAGUUCAACGCUCCCGUCGUUUCUCCUAAAGCUUAUCGUGACUAUACCCGCUCCACCUACAUACAAUUACCAGGCCACUUACCGGUAGUAAUGUCACAUGGGAGGAUGCAUACGUGAGGCGUGCUCUGACCAAGCAUCGGCAAGGGGUGCAGGAAAAGAAGGU